AAGCUCGGUGCGAAACGGACCAGACCAUACGAACGAAUGAAGGAAGAUUUGGCGUGACAAGUCCAAGCAAAGUGAAAAUGAAUUUGCUUCCAAAAACUCAUAAAGAAUUUAGUUCUAAGGAAUAUUGGAAUACUUUUUUCUCACAACGAGGAACAAAAGCAUUUGAGUGGUAUGGAGAGUAUGCAGAAUUGUGUGGUGUUUUGCAUAAAUACAUAAAAUUUCAAGAUAAGAUAUUGAUUGCAGGUUGUGGCAAUUCUGCUAUUAGUGCAGAUCUGUACAAAGUGGGAUACAAAGAUAUCAUCAAUGUUGAUAUUAGUGAAAUUGUCAUUAGGCAAAUGCAAGCUAAAUAUUCAGAAUUGCCAGAUAUGCAGUGGUUACAAAUGGAUAUCACAGCCACCACUUUUGAAGAUGGGCAGUUUUCAUGUGUUUUUGAUAAAGGAACUCUUGAUGCUCUCAUGACAGAUUCUUCACAAGAAGUUUUAUCUACUAUCAGCAAAUAUUUCAAUGAACUCAGCCGAGUGCUUCGUGUCGGGGGACGUUACGUGUGUGUUUCAUUACUACAGGAGCACAUUGUAGAUUAUGUACUUCAGUGGUUUCCCCAGAAUUGUUGGAUGGUUCGUGCUUGUAGGUGUGAAGAUGCUGAGAAGGCACGCACUGAUGUGGGUGAAUUCUCCUUUCCUGUGUUUGUGCUAAUAUGCACAAAAUUUAGACAGAUGCCAAAUUUUAACCCUGUUAUAGAAGUCCAGUUACAUAGUGAUAUUGUUCAGAGAGUCAAAAAUCCAGAAGAACUAAAGGAUAGUGUUCGUGAACUUCAGCAGUAUGCUUUGCUGCGGCAUAACUUACACACUCAGAAAGUAGCUGGGGAAAAUAUGUGUCUGGAGCUGUUUGAUUCAAAGUCUGGAAAUACAAGGUAUCUUCUACAUAUUGUUGAUUCUCCCAAAAAUUCUCACACGUUAAAGUUUGCGGUCUUCAUUGUUCCUCAUGGGAGAGAACAUGAAUGGAUGUUUGGGACUGAUGAUGGAAGACGUAAACUAGCUGAAAAUGCUGGGGCAUUACGCCUUGUUGUGGUUCACCUGUGUAGAGACCAGGUUUAUGACUCUCUCAAAGCCAUUCAAGAUGAGCUCUCUGGAAAAGUUCUGGAAAUUGCUCCAUCAAAACUGCCUCCAAAUAUCAAGAUACCAUUUCUGUCAGUUGGUGAUGACCUAGGAAGCAGAAAAGAAGUGAAGCGUGGGCAUAGCGAAUGGUCUGGUGAUUAUUUGGUAGAAGAAGUUCAUCUUCCAGAUUCUCUAAAAUUGAGACGUCUGAUAUUUUUAUCCAACCAAAAUGUCAUACAGUCUGAGGCCAAGUUAACUACAGUCAGAGAAAAAAAGAAGAAGGGCAAAGUAAAGGAAUCUAUCAUGAUUGACCAUUCUUACUUGUCUUGUGAGCAUCACUUAGCAAUGGUUGCUGGACUAGGACUGGUAAAAUUUCCUGCAGAUUUGUUGCUAAUAGGAUUAGGUGGUGGACUACUAGCAACUUAUAUUCAUAAGUACUUUUCAGAGUCAGUAUUAACAGCAGUAGAUCUUGACCCAGCCAUGGUAGAUGUUGCUAGAGAGUGGUUUGGCUUUACAUGCAAUACAAGAUUAAAGGCUGAAGUUGCUGAUGGUCUUGAUUUUAUAUCAAAAACUGCAAAUGAAGGAACCAAAUACAGUGCAAUAAUGUUUGAUGUUGACUCAAAAGAUUCGAGUAUGGGAAUGAGUUGCCCUCCCCGUUCCUUUGUUGAAAGAAGCUUCUUGAACAAAGUAGCAACAUGCCUAACUGAAGGAGGUGUACUGAUCCUGAAUUUAGUAUGCAGAGAUGAAAAUUUGAAAGCGGAAGUUUUAGACGACAUUAGAGCAGUUUUCACCAAUGUUCUGUGUCAGCAGAUUCCAGAGGAAGUAAAUUGCAUUCUGUUUUGCAGCAAUUCUUUAUCUGAGCUGAAAAGCAAAUGGGAAAAAGGUUUACAGGUGGUCAACAGCUCCCUUAAAGAGCAACAGAAAUCUAGAGAGAAUGUAAUUAACAUGAUGGAAUGUAAAGCUAAUGUAAAAAUUUUAAAUACUUGACUGUUGAUGCCUGAAUAAAUAAGUUGCUUUUUA